UUAGCGGAGGCAUAGUGGUAGGGUGGGAAGAUGAGAUAGCGAAACUUCUAAGAGCGCGGGAAACAUCCGGGCACCUGGGGCCGUCGAGCCGAGGCUUGCCUUCCGACCUUGCCUUUCAGAGCCCGUAGCCAUGCUGAAGUGUGUGAUGAGCGGCAGUCAAGUGAAAGUAUUUGGGAAAGCAAUCCAAGCUUUAUCACGAAUUAGUGAUGAGCUGUGGCUAGACCCAUCUGAAAAAGGUCUUUCUCUAAGAUCUGUGAAUUCUUGUCGGUCAGCAUACGGAUGUAUCCUGUUCUCUUCUGUGUUUUUUCAACAUUAUCAGUGGUCAACCUCAGUGAAUAUGAAUGGUAAUGAUACCACACUGAAUUUAAAUUGCAAAUUGGGAAUGAAGUCAGUUGUGCCCAUCUUUAAAUGUCUGAAUUCCCUUGAAAGAAAUGUAGAGAAGUGCAAAAUAUUCACCAGAUCUGAUAAGUGCAAAGUAGUUAUUCAAUUCUUCUGCAGAUAUGGUAUUAAAAGAACUCAUAAUGUAUGUUUUCAAGAAAGUCAGCCUUUGCAAGUUAUUUUUGAAAAGAACAUGUGUACUAAUACACUAGUGAUUCAACCCAGAUUGCUUGCUGAGGCAAUUGUUCUUUUUACGUCUGGUCAAGAGGAAGUUACUCUUGCUGUGACUCCACUGAAUUUUUGUCUCAAGAGUUCUAAUGAAGAAUCAAUGGAUUUUACCAAUUCUGUGUACAGUGAGAUGUUUGUUGGCCCGGAAGAGUUUGACUUCUUUCAAAUUGGAGUGAACACUGAAAUAACAUUUUGCUUCAAGGAAUUGAAAGGAAUGCUGACAUUUUCAGAAGUUACACAUGCUCCUAUAUCUAUUCAUUUUGAUUUUCCUGGGAAGCCUAUGGCUUUAAGUAUUGAUGAUAUGCUAGUGGAAGCUAACUUUAUUUUGGCUACAUUAGAUGAUGAGCCAAGUAGGGCAUCCUCGCCACAAUCCCUGUGCCUUUCACAGAAGCGAAAAAGGUCAGAUGGGAGGCAGUCAGAUGCAAAGGCUGAUGAAGAUGUAACCAGCCAGGCCCCGGAGUGUAUCUCGAGGAAAGCGACACCCAAAAGGCUUUAUCCUGAUGAGACUUUCACAAACAACUCUAUGUUGGGAAACUCUGGCAACUCUAUAAUGGAAAGAGCAGCUGGAGACAUCAACGAAGUACCAGAAAGCAGUGUCAGUGACACAGAGGAAGUGCCGGGGUCUCCAUAUCUCAGGAAGUUUUCUUGCAUGUUCUUUGGAGCAUUUUCUUCUGACCCACAAGAACACUUCAACCACCCUUUCGACAGCCUGGCAAGAGCAAGUGACAGUGAAGAGGACAUAAAUAAUGGCAGUUUCUCCACAUUCUAAUGCUUAACGAUAGCUGAGUCGGCUCCCAGCCCAGUGACUGGCUCACUUGCACCUGGAGCACAAGCUUUCACAUUUAGUGUGUAAAAGAUGUUGUCCUGGACUUCCUUGAAAUGGAGGAUGGGCUUCUGCUUUUCCAAACAUCAUCUUGUACAACAACCAUAUCUAGAAAUAGCUGCUUGUCAAGUGUAUGUAAUUAGCUUUAAAUCCAUUAUGCUACUUGAGAGGCAGAAGAGUUUUCUGUGCAGGAAAAAAUCCCAUUAGAGUUCUUCAAUUCAAUGCACAUUCCCCCAAAAGCUUUUAACAUUUUCUUUGCCAGUUUUAUAAAGGUAUUUAAACUUUCCUCGGCAGCCAUUUGGAGUGCAUCAAGAUGGCUUGCAAGAGUUCUGUCAUUAGCAGUCAGGUAUCUUUUGUAUUUGAUUGCCAACAUUUGGGUUUUAGU